AUGCCACCCGCCGCACCGUCACCACCAACCGCGCCACCAGCGUGCGAUGGCUGGUGCCCGCGCAACUCCAACGUGUGGACCACCAAGUGCGCCUGGGGCAAGUGCAAGGGCUGCACCAGCUGCGCCACGGUCGAGGAAAAGUGCCGUCUCAACUUUUGCGAGUCGCACACCCGGGGUUGGCCUGCAAAGUGCGGGUGGGAUCGGUGCUCGGGCUGCCCCACGUGCAAGGAUCUCCAGCUGCCGCCGGCGCCUCCAUCGUGGCCUGGAUUGAGGAAGAGCUGCAUGGCUGCGAUGUGCUGGUUCCACACUCGGCCGUGGGGUGAAAAGUGCGGCUGGCAAAAGUGCGAGGGCUGCCCCGGGUGCUUGGACGGGCAGCCCGUCUCCUAG